CAGCCAAGCCGCACCUCUGAUGACUAACAGGCAGCGCUCUCUCUCUUUGAUAUACUAUCAGCUGGGUUUAUCAGAGUAUCAACACAACCUCCCCACUCCAGGACUCUCCCCUUCUGGCCAGCUCUCCCUGCAGAGCAGCAGGGGCUGCAUGAGAGCUGAGCUCACCUCUUAUUCCAAGGAAUCUUAACAGCAGGUUUUAAGGUACUUAUUUACUUUUUUUGGUCUGUGCAGGAAGUCUGAGCUAAAAAAAAAAAAAAGAGAGAGACAGAAGUAUAAUUGCUCUGGCACGUCUGCAUUCCUGCUUCAGUCUCAGACGGGCAGGCACUCUUUCUUGUCAGAGCCAGGAAGAGGAUCCGAUCCCUGAAGAUUAUCGCCACAAACGUGCGUAAGUGAAACCUGCAGCCAUGCUGAAACAGAUAUUAUCAGACAUGUACAUCGAUCCGGAGCUGCUGGCAGAACUCAGCGAGGAGCAGAAGCAGAUCCUCUUCUUCAAGAUGAGGCAGGAACAGAUCAGACGGUGGGAAGAAAGAGAAGCUGCUGCAGAAAAGAUUUCAGCAAAGAAGCUACUGCCAGGAAAAGCCAACAGGAAGUCAGUGACAUGGAAACUCGGCGCUGACAAUGAAGUGUGGGUCUGGGUGAUGGGCGAGCAUCCUUCAGAUAAAUCCUAUGCAGCCAUCUGUGAAGAGAUCCAGGCACAAAGAGCAAAGCGCUUAGCGAGAGAGCAAGGCCAGGAGGGCAGAGAGACUGACUCUUCUGCAACAUGGUCUCUGCACCCACAGCCAGGACUUCUGGCUGAGACAGAUCUUCACGGGAAUACAAAAAACACUGCGGAGAAAAAGGAGGAACAUGGAAGAGGAAUAGCUGAUAUUGAUACAACAGGAAAAAGCCAGGAGCUCACAAAGAGGGGAACCAGAAAUGUUCACCAGAUGCUGGCAGAUUGCCACGUGAGAAAGAAGAGUUUUCAACAGAUGAAGGAAGCACAGAAGAAAAAUUCAGAAGAGAUCACAGCCCCCCAGAAGCCAAUACCACAGAGCCCCUCCAGCACAGAGAGCCAGAGAACGCUGCAGAAAUCGGAUGAGAAUGAGCCUGAAUGGCAGGAAUUCUUGCGGAAAUCCAAGGCAGCAGAUGAGAAGAGACGCUCCCUUGCACGGCAAGCCAGAGAUGACUACAGGAGGCUUUCACUGCAGGGCAUCCACAGAGGGAAGCAGGCAGAUAUUUCCAAGGGUGCCACAGCAGGAGAUCGACGACCACUUCAAUAUCCACCUCUCCCCCCUAAGCCUAAACUUCUACCUCCUGCAACAGCAAAUGGGAGAGCAGUUAGGAAAGAGGGAGUCCAGAGGACAAUCUCCAAUUCCACAGAAGAAAGCAUCAUCAAGUGGUUCAAAGAGGAGCAAUUCCCCCUCCGAGCUGGCUAUCUGAAAACCACAGACACAAUAGCACCUUGGUUCCAUGGUAUCCUAACCUCCAAGAAAGCAGAAGAGCUUCUGAAUAAAACACUACCAGGGAGUUUUCUGAUCCGGGUCAGUGAGAAAAUCAAAGGCUAUGUGCUCUCCUAUCGGUCUUUGGAAGGAUGUAAACAUUUCCUCAUUGACGCCUCCAGUGAUUCCUACAGCUUCCUUGGAGUGGACCAGCUGCAGCAUUCAACGCUGGCUGACCUUGUAGACUACCACAAGGAGGAACCCAUCACUUCCUUGGGGAAGGAGCUGUUGCUUUAUCCAUGUGGCCAAGAGGACAAGGAGCCAGAUUACAUCUCACUCUUUGAGUAAACCUCCCCAUCUCGUUGGGCAGAUGCAGACUUGUAUUCACAAAGAACUUGGAACUGGACUUGGAACUAGAGCUGCUGAUACUUACCUGAAGCCAUCAGUGCCUCUAUUUUCUAUCCUUCCCAACAAAGCAGUAGGAGGAUAAGUACUGCUGUGAGCUACAGGACACAUCAGCCCAGCAAGCUGCAAAGCACCUGGAUACGUCCCACAAAUGGAGAGAAUGAGUUGAUGAAGUAAUCAGUUGAUCAGGGAGAUACUGCCAUGGAUUUUCAGUGGGUUUUUGUAGGUUUCUAGGGGGACUUCUGUAUUCAAGCUGCCUUUUGUUCUUGAAUGCAAGGUUCUCUGGGAAAUAGAUUAGUACCUACAGCUGAAUGAGAUUUUACCUUCCCGAAGGCACAAAACAACUUGGAGAGGUGAAUCAAUCUUGAUAUGUAAUUUGCAUAAUGUGAAGCUUAAUUCUAUAAAAUGCUGUGUCCUUGGAAGGAAGGAUGUUCAGCCAAACAUCCAAGCAAACCCUGAGUACCUUUCAGUGAAAGGUGCUCUCUGUGACAAGAGAUUUGCACACAUGAAGAGUGCAUUUUUUAAACUCCUCUAGCCUCUGAAUAUAAAUCCUCACUCUUUUAACCUGUAUUUAACUCCCACACAGGCCUUUCUGCAUUGAGAGGGAUUAUACUUUUUGAAAAGGAAAGGAGAUGGGACAGAGUAAUUUUUAUGAAUGACAACCACAUGUACAGAACCUAAAAAUGUAAGAAGGAACACCUAUAUCAGUAUUAAUACAGUUUACAGAAGAGUUUUUGCCAGUAAAGAAUGCUAUUUUCCAAAA